UUUUUUUUUUUCUUGUCUUUGUCUCAUUCCAUUCUCUUCGGGUGUUGAUUCACAUUCAUCAAACACGUUUUUUUAUUCCUUACGACAAGAACAACUUCUAUUACCUCAACUACCAACAAUCAGUUAUAAAUCGCUACCACUUUCUUCAAUUCAACAACUCGUUAUUGACAGUUCUUUCUUUACGACAACUCUAUCCCUUUAUUUCUCUCACUUUUCCUUAUAUUUCUCACACCAACAUCUCACACCAACAUCUCACACUACCUUAUCCAUUAUACUCUGUUCUUUUCAAGAUGGCAUCCACAACAGCAACAACAGCAACAGCCGUACCCUCCACAGCCACAACAUCCGUCGUCUCGUCCACUUCUACCACAACCAACAUUGACUGCAAGCGUCCGAGUGUGAAGCAUUAUCCUCAUGUUUCCUCUCAUUCUUCGCGUAAUAUCCAUUUGACGGACGAUAUCACAGCACGGGAUAUGGCUCUGUCCAUCAUCCAUGCUCAAUAUCAUGUCUACCACACAGAUCUGUCUGGCUACCUUGCCGGAGGAGCUCUAGUCCAAGAUGCCCUUACGAAAUAUGCCAUGGGAGGCACACCCAAGGACCUGUAUCAGACAUAUAAACGAUUCAGACAAGAUAAGGAACGGAUCCCUCCUGCUUCUACCAUCACCAUCACCACUCAUAACUGGCGUGAUUGGCUCGGCCACAAAAGCUAUUAUCACGACUAUCUCGACUUUUUUGAUCAUGAACUACGUCAUUUGGAGGCAAAGAUCCUAAAGGAAUCAUCAACAUCAACAUCAACAACAUCAACAACAGUCCCAAUGCCUUCACCCUUGACAGCAUCAUGGUCAAGGUCACCGUCCUCAACUGCUCUACAAAAAGCAAUGGCCAAGAUGGUGUCUGAUUAUCUGACACCAUUGAUCCCCGGGCUAUGUGCAUCGAUGGGACCGUUGAUCCAUCUUGGGUACGGAGUUGAAUUCGGUUCUCGAUUCGCAACAGCCGAAGGUCUGGCCUAUGCAUGUGUUUCCUAUCAACCCGGAACAAGCUGUUUUAUCCCAAAUGCUACAGCCUCAUCCUGGGACUCGACCUCUGAAUCUGGAUCUGGAUCUGGAUCUACAGGUUUAGCUAAUAAGAAGACUCUACAUUCGGAAACAAUGCAGAAACGAUCGCCUACAGUAACGAUCCUUAACAUGAUCCGAAAUGAUAAACGGUUGGAUGGAAUGUUUGAUGCAGGAUUCCAGGGGAAAUUGAACGUUGUCAUGAGUUCCCGUGUGAGUUUACUCAAAUCCUACCUAGGCAUGUGGACUAGUCAAGUUAAAUCUGUAUCAGAGGCACUCUUGGAUCUUUCGCGGACGAGCACUUUGCUACUCUUCACAGCUACGAACCGAUUUGGGGAUGAAGAACAGCUGGAUAGGAACCUUGCAAACAUCCUUUUUGCGACCCAUGCAGCUCGUUUCCUCGUCCAGGUGUUGCCCUCAGAAGUAGAGAAGGAGAAUCUGCUCAAGGCCAUUUGGAUGUCCCUUGUGGCAACAUUUGUAGUCCAGGGUCGACCCAAGGUGCUGAUGCAGACCGCUGCAGCGACUUUGCCAUUGAUGACGGACGUAAGCCCUGAAGAAGACAAGGAUCAUCAUGACCAACAGCAACAACAGCAACCUUUGUCAUUGAGGAAAGGAGGGAUGGUGACAAGCUCUUUUGAUGGUAGUACUGGUGCCGGUGUUGCUGAAGUGCCUAAUCUUCCUACCGGUCGAUGGAGAUCAUUGUCUCAGGAGGCUCUCCAUGCUGAUCAUCACAUUGUUCCAAAGAUCGUUCGAUCUUUGUGGUGGGCAGAGCGAGAGCAUAGUGAGUGUGGAGACUUGUUCUAUGAUGCUGCAGUACGUGCAGUGGGUGAGGACCCAGCAUCGGAUGAGUCGUCUGGACCAGGCUUUUAAAAAAAAA